AGCCUUCGAGUUUGUGGUAAAAAAUAUACAAAGCUAAUCAAUUCGCACAGGGGUCGUUUAUCCGCAGCGACCAACAUCUAGCGCAGCAGCUCUCUUCCCCCCACAAAAACAACAACACACACACUCAGCUACUUCGGAGCUACCACUAACCACCCCGCAACCAAAACCAAAAAGAAAACAGGACACACGCCAAGAUGUUCAUCUGGGACUGGUUCACCGGAGUGCUGGGAUACUUAGGUCUGUGGAAAAAGUCUGGCAAACUGUUGUUCCUCGGCUUGGAUAAUGCUGGCAAAACCACACUGUUGCACAUGCUCAAAGAUGAUAAGCUGGCUCAGCAUGUGCCCACCCUGCAUCCAACAUCUGAGGAGCUGUCGAUUGGCAACAUGCGCUUCACCACAUUCGACUUGGGUGGCCACACUCAAGCACGCCGAGUCUGGAAGGACUACUUCCCCGCCGUGGACGCCAUCGUGUUUUUAAUAGACGCCUGGGACCGCGGCCGAUUCCAGGAGAGCAAAAACGAGCUGGAUUCGCUGCUCACGGAUGAGGCACUGUCCAACUGCCCCGUGCUCAUAUUGGGCAACAAAAUCGACAAGCCCGGUGCAGCCAGCGAGGAUGAGCUGAGAAAUGUGUUUGGGCUGUAUCAGCUUACAACCGGCAAGGGAAAAGUGGCUCGUGCUGAUCUGCCUGGCCGCCCAUUGGAAUUGUUCAUGUGUUCCGUACUGAAGCGACAGGGCUACGGUGAAGGUUUCCGUUGGUUAGCGCAGUACAUUGAUUAAGUCAGAAUUAACUACCACCAACCACCAACUCCAUAAUUCAAAACACACAAAAAAUCGACAAACCGAGAUAUGUUUCCUCCAAAAUUUGUAAUACCGACGAAAGAGAUGAACCAACUGAACCCGAGAACCUUAAGCAAAACGAAGCUGCGUGCGCAAUUUCUAAUUUAUACAAAAACACAAUUACAAAAUACUUCAUAAUACUUCAAAUGUACAUCUGUAAUUAAACAAGACACUGUUUAAUCCAGCCACAACACAACAAAAAACAGAAAAACGCAAGCAAAAAAAACAAAACAACAUCAAAAAAUGUAAACAUCUUUUCUAUCUAGAAGACCAUCAGGAUGAUGAGGAGACGAGGAUGAAAAGAGUGCGCAAGGGAAAACUUUUAAUCAUAAUUAUGAAUAACAAAUUGUAGCAAAUUAAAGGUGAUUUAUUUAAGAGCAUGUGCUUUCACUACCGAGACACGCUGUUCCAUAAAUAAAAUUUAGCUAUCUACCUUUUAUUUAAAAAUUUCUAAUUGUAAA